CUUCGCACGCGCGGACGUAUUGAUCGUUGAUCUAUAGAUCCCUAUACGAUUUCUGUGUGUUUUGAUACUGUGACAAAACUCCCAUUGUGUUAGUGGAAUGCAAUCGUGUUGAUUACAUGUGAUUGAAUAAUUUUAAUAGUAUUAUAUGAAUGGGUUCUUUGACAUAUAUUAAGUGACAAAAUGAGGCGAAUGAAAAUGAACUUGAACCCGGACUUGGGCGAUCUCGAAGAGAUGCUGGCCCAUGUUCAGACGCAGAUCGAACAUGAGAUAGUCCUGGAAAAGGAAUCGAAGAUGCCGUCUCUGACUAGCGUCCAGGAAUCGCCAAAAAUGAAACGUUCGUCUUCCGUAACAAAGGCGGACAGCUUCGAAUACCGCCGGCCUUUGCCGCGACCACAUUUAAACAGGAUAAAUAGUGACAACGGCGUAAUUAUAUCUGACGAUCAGAGAAACGAAUACGGACAAACGAAUCAAAAUCAGAACGGCUUGAAAGGUUCCCAGACAAGUCUUAAAUCAGACGACACAAUUUCCCUCCAAUCGUUCCGUUCGGAGCCGGUCCAAAGGCAUUCGGUCAUGAGCCUCCCGGAUAAAAGAGAGAGUGCCUCCUUAAACGGGAGGGGUAAGACGGCCACUUUACCCAGAGGAUACGGUUCGACGAGAGAAAAGAAUUGGGAGGAUUACUGGGCGCACGAGCAAUCGAUAAGCAGCGCGCGCGCAUCCGUCAUGGUGUACGACGACACCAUGAAACGAUGGAUACCGUCAGGCUCGAGCUCCGGUCUCUCCAAAGUUCAUAUCUACCACCACACCCAGCACAAUACCUUCCGAGUGGUGGGCAGGAAGCUGAACGAUCACGAAGUUGUUAUAAACUGCGGUAUCGUCCGCGGCCUCAAGUACAAUCAGGCGACGGCUACCUUCCACCAGUGGCGCGACGCGCGCCAUGUGUACGGGCUGAACUUCUCCUGUCGGGAGGACGCCGAUAGCUUUGCGAGAGCCAUGAUGCACACAUUGGAGAUUCUAGCGAAUAAAGUCGUCAACAACACAGCCCCGCCGCCCCCGCAGCCCCCGAACCCACCCGUGCCGUACAACGGUCACAAUAACACCCACUACGAUGAGGACAUGGGCUACAGAACGAUGACACGUGAAGACGCAGCGAUACUGCAACAGCCGCAGUACCACGCGCCCCACCAUCAGCAGCAUCAGCCAAUCCAGCAGCACCAGCCAAUCCAGCAGCACCAACCAAUUCAGCAGCACCAGCAGCUCCACCAGCAGCCGAGCCAGUAUCAUGCGCCACACCAUCAUCAUUCUGGAGUGGUCCCGACCGCCGCCAGCGCCGCGCCCGCGCCGCCGCCGCACGGCGUGCACACGCUGCCGCACGCGCCCGCGCCGCACGGCCACCACCGCACCAACAGCGCGCCCAUGGCGCCCAACAUGUCGCUGUCGGCGGCGGGCGCGCCGGCGCCGCCCCCCGUGCCGCCGCACCAGAACCUGCCCGCGCCGCCCGCGCCGCCCGCGCCCGCCAACGGUCCGAUAGCACCGCCCACUCCACCGGCGGCUCCUCAACCGCCACCAAUGCAACAGCCAGUGGCACCUCCAGUGCAGGCACCCGCCCCGCCACCUCCGCCACCACCUCAGCCGCAACCGCAGCAGCAGGCACCCGUUGCGCCGUCGCCCGCCGGGCCCCCGCCCCCGCCGCCUCCACCUCAGCCCCCCGCCGCGGAUCCCACGGGACUCGCCGCGCAGCUCCAGCAGGCCAGGCUGAAAAGACAAGCUAAGCAGCAGCAGCAGCAGCAGUCGUCGGCGGGCGCGGGCGAGGCGUCCCCGCCGGGCGGCGCGGGGGGCGCGGGGGGCGCGGGCGGCGCGGGCGGCGCGGGCGAGGCGGCGGGCGGCGCGCGCGGCAACCUGCACUGCAUGAUGCACGAGAUGCAGCGCACGCUGGCGCGGCGCCGCGCGCACCUCGCGCACCUCGACCGGAACGAGGAAUCGUCGACGGAGAGUUCGGCCAGCUCCACGCCUAUGAAGUCCUGGGAGCGUUCCGCGACACUGCCGCACCGACUGCCCGCCGCGUGUAACGGCAAUACACCGAGCGCGGAGUGCGCGGCGCCGUCGCAGUCCCCGCGCGCCGCUCGCAAGCGCUUCGGGUCCGCCAGCGAGGAGACCAUCCUCAAGCAAGUGAACGGCGGCAACGACAACGGCUGCGCGAGCGCCGCCGACUGGGAGAGCUUCAAGCAGGACGUGAUGCGCGAGAUACGCACGCAAGUGGGGCAGAUGAAGCGGGAGAUACUCGACGCUAUAAAGGUGGAGUUCGCCCGCAGGUAAGCUAGUCGGCGCAGACACCACCGGUGAACGAUUUUAUAUACAUAUACAAAGAAACCACCUGUCCAUACGUAUGUUGAAUUGUAUAACACCAAGUUUGUAUGUGAAGUUACAAUAUACCGGAAACAUGUUAUAUAUAUGCUCAUUUAUACUGAAAUUGUUACAAAAAUGACAGAGAAAUGAAAAAAAUAGGUCGUAUAUCGACUUAAAACUACUUUGAAUCAAAAGACAGGCAAUCCAUGAAAAAAAACACAAAUUUCGUUCCAAAAAUUCUGAUUCUCUAAAUAAACGGCUGUGACAGACAGACGGACACAUAAACGGUAAACUUUAAUGAAUAGUCUAUGAAAUAUCAAUCAUAGACUACAGAUUAAAAAUACAAUGUCUUAAGUAAAUAAUAACUAGAAAAUCGAGAUCCUAGAAGCUAAAUGCUUGUGCCCCAAUAUUGGAUUUUGAUAUUUUUUUCUCGUAUUUAUAAAUCAUCCGUUCACCAGUGUCGUCUGAGUAUUGUGAUUGAUAUUUAGAGUUGCCAGUAUAGAGAAACAACGAUAGUGCUGCCAUAUGAAUCUGGUAAUUUCAUUCAUGGCGACGAUUUCUUUGUAAGGAAUAGUUUGCGCACGAGUAAAUGAAGCAUAAAGCAAGUUGUGUUUUUUUUAAUUUUAUACUUAAAAAAAAUAUUUAUUCGGAUAUGUAUUACCGUGUACGUAGAUUUUAAGACGAUAUACAAUUAAUAGGAUUCCUAUUGAUUUCUGAACGAAUAUUUUCUGAAUAUUUAUAAUUUUCACUU